AUGUCAUCCAUAUUGCCAUUCACUCCACCAGUUGUGAAGAGACUUCUGGGGUGGAAAAAAUCUGCUGGUGGCUCUGGAGGGGCUGGUGGUGGUGAGCAGAAUGGUCAGGAGGAAAAGUGGUGUGAAAAAGCAGUGAAAAGCUUGGUCAAGAAGCUAAAGAAAACAGGACAGCUGGAUGAGCUGGAGAAGGCAAUUACCACUCAGAAUUGCAACACAAAAUGUGUGACGAUACCAAGCACUUGCUCUGAAAUUUGGGGACUGAAUACACCCAACACGAUAGAUCAGUGGGAUACAACAGGCCUUUACAGCUUCUCUGAACAAACCAGGUCUCUGGAUGGCCGUCUGCAGGUGUCUCACCGUAAAGGACUGCCCCACGUCAUCUCCUGCCGCCUCUGGCGCUGGCCAGACCUCCACAGCCACCAUGAACUCAAAGCAAUUGAGAACUGUGAAUAUGCUUUUAAUCUUAAAAAGGAUGAAGUAUGUGUAAACCCUUACCACUACCAGAGAGUGGAAACACCAGUCUUGCCUCCUGUCCUAGUGCCACGGCACACGGAGAUUCUCACGGAGCUCCCGCCUCUCGAUGACUAUACCCAUUCCAUUCCUGAAAACACUAACUUUCCAGCUGGAAUUGAACCACAGAGCAAUUACAUACCAGAAACACCACCCCCAGGAUAUAUCAGUGAAGAUGGAGAAACGAGUGACCAGCAGUUGAACCAAAGCAUGGAUACAGGAUCUCCAGCAGAGCUGUCUCCUAGUACUCUCUCCCCAGUUAACCAUAGCUUGGACUUGCAACCAGUUACUUACUCGGAGCCUGCGUUUUGGUGUUCAAUAGCAUAUUAUGAAUUGAAUCAAAGAGUGGGAGAAACCUUCCAUGCAUCACAGCCUUCCCUGACUGUAGAUGGCUUUACAGAUCCAUCAAAUUCAGAACGAUUUUGCCUAGGUCUGCUUUCCAACGUAAACAGAAAUGCUACAGUGGAAAUGACAAGGCGGCACAUAGGAAGGGGGGUACGCCUCUAUUACAUUGGUGGAGAGGUUUUUGCCGAGUGCCUCAGCGACAGCGCGAUCUUUGUUCAGAGCCCCAACUGCAAUCAGAGAUACGGCUGGCAUCCUGCAACUGUAUGCAAAAUACCACCAGGGUGCAAUCUAAAAAUCUUUAAUAACCAAGAAUUUGCUGCUCUUCUGGCUCAAUCUGUGAAUCAGGGAUUUGAAGCAGUUUAUCAGCUUACUAGAAUGUGUACCAUAAGAAUGAGUUUUGUUAAAGGAUGGGGAGCUGAAUACAGGCGGCAAACAGUAACAAGCACUCCUUGCUGGAUUGAACUUCAUCUGAAUGGACCUCUACAAUGGUUGGACAAAGUAUUGACUCAGAUGGGGUCCCCUUCAGUACGCUGCUCCAGC